AUGUCUACUGAUCAAGCACAAAAUACCAUAAUCAAAAUUCCAUAUAAUAAAAGAGUUGAGCAAAACUUAAAGCAUGACUUAUCUGUGUUCAUUAAAGAGAAUAAUAAUAAAGUUAGUGAAGCAUUUGAUAUACAAAUUCCUGAAUUCUUACUAGAAGUAAUUAUAACAGAAUCUAGCAAAAUUUCAGCACAAAAUAUAGCUAAUUUAUUUAUUAUAGCAAUGAAAGUUAGACAAAAAGAGAUUUUAUGUUGGUAUUGUUUCUAUAAAGCAUAUGAGGAUCGAAUCAAAGAUAUUAAGUGUAUAAAUAAGAUUGAUAAUCAAUCAGCAAGAAUAUUGGUAUAUAAUAAGAUAAAAAAACUUCUCCCGGAUAUCACUGAUAUAAACUUGCAUCAGAAAACAUUCAAAGCAAAAAAGAUUUAUACAUUACUUGUAGAAAUAGAAAUAGAAAAAAUCCAAACAAUAAUAUGUAAUGCAAGUGCAAUUUCGAGUUUAAUAGACAAUCAGAUUCAAGAUAUUAUAAUUUAUUUUUCUAAAAAAUUUAUUAGCAUAGAUGACUCUUCAACUUUACCAAAAACCGAGAUAAGUAUUACAACCACUCCAUCAAUCUCAUUAUCUCAAAUUUCUAAUUUGGAAGAUAUAGUAAAUAAGAAUAGUGAAUUUUCAGAAAUCGUAAAUGUAUUUGAUGGCUUUUCAGAUUUUAACUCUGAUAGUAAUGAGGAUAAGAAAAAUAUAGAUGAUACCAAUAAAAAUGAUAAAUAUGAUAAUGAAACGAAUUUGAAAGAUUCAACUAAGCCAAAGGCAGACUUAUGCCAAUAUGCCAUUGACCAUAAAAUAGAUCCUGAGAAAUUUUUGAUCAUUACUAAGGCUGAGAAAAAUAGAUGGACCAUAGAAUGUUUUUCUGCUGACUUAGAAAGAAAUAUAUAG